CUCCUCCUGCCUCCUCCGGUUCCUCCGUGCAGCGCAGCGCGGCCAUGGUGGACUCUCCCGGUGCGAUGAAGAAGACCUUCUCGGUGCCGGAGAUCAAACCGCUGGACCGGUACGACUUCAACCGGGCCAAGAUCUGCGCGAGCGUCCGGUGGUUGCUGUCCAAGUCGUACGGCUCUGCAGAAAAUGUCCCCGUGGAGUUACGGGAGCCGUUUUACAAGGACCAGUACCAGCAGGAGCACCUGAAGCCGGCCGUCUCCAAGCUGCUUCUCUCCCCGGAGAUCUACUGCCGAGCCCAGGCUCUGCUGGCUCAGGCGCAGGGGGUCUCCCUGCCGGCGUCGCAGGGGUCCCAGGCGGACAACUCCGCCCUGCUGCAGCUCCUUAUUAAAAAAGGUUUCGCUCCGAAGGUCCAGGAUGUAGACGUCACCGAGGAGGACCUCAGCGUCGUGCCCAUCAAGACGAAGGCGCACCUCGCCCUGAUCGACGCCCUGAUGACGCUGGUGGCUAAAGAGAUGGUGGGCCGGGUGAAGAUGGCGGAGGAGGCGGAGCAGAUGGGAGCCGGGGCUCCGUGGGAGAACGCUCUGCUGUUCUGGGUGAACAGGCUGAACCAGAAGUUGAGAGAAACCACAGAAGAAGAAGAACCCACCAAGUCGCAGACGUGCACAGACCUGCAGACUGCUCAGGACUCGUGUCAAUCCAACCGUUGGUACUGGAAACUAGUCCCCCAUGCUAUCGCUUUUUGUUUGAAGGAGUCGGGGAAUAAGCCUCCAGUGAUCCGCUACAGGAAGGACAAAGUGCAGUCCAAACUGACCCCCACCUUCCCGCUGGUCUCUGCUGUCAAAGAUCUGUCUAACGGCUGCGCUAUAGCUGCUGCGCUGCACUACUACUGCCCCAGCCUGCUGCCUCUCGAGGAUGUGUGUUUGAAGGACACCAUGUCCGUGUCUGACAGUCUGUACAACCUGCAGCUGAUCAGAGAGUUCUGUGAGAGCAGUUUGCAGAGUUGCUGCCCGCUGGCUGUGGAGGAUCUGCUCUACGCGCCUCCGGAUCUGCAUCUGAACAUCAUGAGCUUCAUCGCUGAGCUGCUCGAGUGGUUUGAGGUCAAGAAGCCUGAGUUUGUUCAGCCCUUGCAGCCCAUUGACCUCACAGACGUCUCAGGGUUACUCGACUGUACGAGUCCUGUGAGCGGGAACAGCAACAGUGGUUCUCCUUCCUUCAUCUUCAAACAACCCUUCGUGCCCAUCUGCUCCCCGGUGUCACCAGAAAACAAAAGUUGGACAAAGAAACAAAUCAGUCGUCCUCUGUCUGCAGUGACUUUCAGCAUCCCAUUUGGGCUGGACAGUGAUGUUGACAUUGUCAUGGGAAACCCAAUAGAUUCUGUCUUUCGCUCUGUCAGCACUGACAGCCUCACCGCCGGCAUCCCUGCAAUGACUUCCGUGGUGAAAGGGAUGACGUGUGUCCCGUACAGCCCUUCGGAGGACCUCAGCCACCUGGUCAGCGCUUCGGCCCCAUCGCAGUGCUCGUCCUGGGGCCCAUACGCACACACAACGCCAAUGGGAGAGCUGCCGACCAUCGAGGAGGCGCUACAGGUGGUUCAUACCCCCAGGAAGGGAAAGAUAGUAGAGAAAGCUGAAAGAGGAGUGUUGGGAGUAAGGCCAGAGCCUAGGUUACGGCCCGAAGGAGCCCCUGCUGGUUUCUUCCUACACUGCCCUGAGGAGGAUAAUUCCCAGCUUAGUAGCUCCGCUCCCUGUCGCUCUGGAGUCCUCCACCGGCCUGUUGGUGGAGAAGGAGGUGACACUGAAAGACAAGGAAGGGGAGAGAGGAGGGAGAGAGCAGGACGCAGCUCCGAUAUGUCACGUGAUGACGACUCUGUUCUACGAGAUGGCAGUGUUGACUCCUCUGAAGCAUCGGAUGAUACCCCUAGAAACGCCCCGGGGAAUAUUCGACCCAGCAACGUUCGCCAGGGAAACAACAGCACCAGCAACAGUCCACGAAUGACAAGCUUUGCAGAGCGACGGGACAGCAGAAGAAGACAUCCCGCUGCUUCCGGGGAGGAUUCAGCCUCUGCUCCGACCCCAACAACCCCAGGGACUCCACUUACACCCUCCACCCCAGCAGGAGCACCUGGCCGCCAGGACAGCCCCAGCCCCAGAGGCCCUGAACCAGGCUCUGAGGCCUGGGAGCUGGGGGCUCGCCUGGAGGAAAAACGCAAAAGCAUUGAAGCCCAAAAAAGACGCAUUGAAGCUAUCUUUGCCAAGCACAGACAGAGGCUUGGAAAAACUGCUUUCCUUCAACUGAAAAGAGAGCAAGGAGAGGGAGGAGGGGAGGCUAAUCUCACCCUGGAGGAGAGCCUCACAUGCAUGGAGGCGCAACUGAAACAGGAGGAGGAGAGGGAAGAGAAAGAAAAGAAGGAGGAAGAGAAAGAGAAAGAUGGAGAGAAGCCAUCUGUUUCCAAUCCUCCUCGGCUAGAAAAGCAGGUCACUUUCUCUAUUGAAAGUAAGAAAGGGGCAGAGAAAGUAGGUGAAGCUGUCUUUGUGGAGUGCAAUGAAGUGGUGCAGAAACUGAGUGAAGCUCUGCAGUCACUACAAAAGGACAUGCAGAAACUUACAGAACAGCAACAGCAGCUCAUGAGCAACCAAAAACCCACAAAUACACCCAAAACCACUCCAAAAUCAACACCUAGAAGUAUCGCCAAAACACCUCCUCACACCCCAACAAAGACACCACCAAGAACCCCGACAAAGUCUUCUUUGAGGAGUACCAGUAAAGCUUGGGUGAUUCCUGGUCCCAGUGCCCCCGCUGCCAACUCCCCGUCACAGCGCUCUCACCUACUUUCCUCUUCCACCUCCCCAAAGACUAUCAUCUCCUCCUCCUGCCCAGCUCCUCGCACUAAGAUCCACUCCUCCUCUACUCCACGCAGCCCCAAGCAUCACCCCCGCGGCCAACAUCAGCCUCAACCACGGCCUUCAGAACUCAAGUUUCCCACACUCAACCGCGCCUUGGCACCGACCUAUAAUGUGGACAGCCUCCCCCAUCUGCGGCGUGUGUCCCCCAGCAAGUGUCAGGAUCAGACUUCUUCUUCCUUCCGCAUCGGUGGGCCUCGGACUCCUGAGGCGUCUCCUCAGGCUACCCAGCAGCCACAGCAGGACGAUAACACCUCGGACACAGCCUCCAGCGAGGCACCAACGCAGUUCAGCCUGGAGCUGGAGGACAUGGAGGCCGUAGGAGGGCUGCUGGUCGUACCACAGCCCAGAGAAGAUCGGCAUACGUCUGCUGGCAGAGGCAGCUCCGGCGCUCCUUCUGAGUGCUCAUUUGAGAGCGAGACUUUGUCCCUUUCUGCUGCGUUCAGUGCAGUAGGUGCAGGGAAGCGCUGCAGCCUGAUUGAAAUCUCGCUGUCAUCUCUUGGAGGGGCAGAAGGGGGCAGUGAUGUACCAACUGAUGAAGGGCAGGAGUAUUCCUCUGAUUCUAUGAGCGACCACACAGAGUCUGCUGUGGAUCCUGCGAGAGGACUCGCUGCAGAACCCCUAGAACCCAUAGAGCAGGUGGAUCUGGCCACAGGAGCCGACAACCUGCCAGAACAACAAACUGAAUCUGAAGGAGAACAGACAGGAAAGACUGAAACUUUGGAAGCAAGUGGAGAGCAGAAUGAGACCGGGGCAAGAGGAGGAAUUGGAUUAUUCUUUCAGGGGGAGGUACAUAGUGAGGAGGAGAUGGCCCAGCGUAGAGCCAUGCUGUUGGAAAAACAGCAGAAGAGAACAGAGGAGCUGAAGAAGAGGAGACAGUGGAAUGAGCAAGAAAGGGAAAACAGACCAAGAGUGGCAUCUCCCUGCAAUACACCUCCUGCAGGCAUGACCUCACCUUCCCCCACACCUCCUGCUACACCAGUCCGGCGGGGAAAUUUCACACGAUUGGAGUACCAAAGGCGGCAUCAACUCAGGAUCAUGGAGGACUUCGACAAAGUGCUUUGGCAGAAAUUAACCAAUCCGGGUCGAUCUUCGGCUAAGAAAACCCGCUCCCGUCCUCGCAGCAUGACCAGGGAGGAAACCCGGCUGUCUCUGAGUCCAGCCAAGGGAACAGCUGGCGCUAAGUUGAUCAAAGUCUACUCUAACCCGUCUCUCAACCUGACAGCCACGGAUGAGCCAGGAAACAGAACCCCCACCAAGAAAGCCCACAGCCGUCCUGGUUCACCUUCAGUAUGUGUAGCACCAAGUAAACUGGUAAAUCAGAACGGAGAAAACUGGGAGACUGGCUCCAGUGGAACCUCGCCUGCCCCAGAAUACACAGGUCCAAAACUCUUCAAAGAGCCAAGCUUCAAGUCCAACAAGUUUAUCAUCCACAACGCGCUCUCCCGCUGCUGCCUGGCCGGGAAGGUCAACGAGACACAAAAGAACAAGAUCGUCGAGGAGAUGGACAAGAGUCCCGCCAACCACUUCCUGAUCCUCUUCCGUGACUCCAGCUGCCAGUUCAGGGGCGUCUACACCAUGAACACCGACUCCCAGGAACUCGUACGAUUGACUGGCGUGGGCCCGCGGACAAUCGGUUCCACCCAGGUGGAGUCCAUCUACAAAUACAGCUCAGACAGGAAGCAGUUCAGUGCAAUCCCCUCCAAAACCAUGGGCAUGAGCGUGGACGCCUUCACCAUCCCCAGUCACCUGUGGCACGGAGGAGGCGCCGCAGCAGGAGCAGGAAGCAGGAGAGCGAGCAUCACCAAGAAGGCGGUCGUUUCCAAGUGAGGAGCAUCACACAGGCUCACUGUAGUCAGAUACCUUCAUGUGCACACAAUCGAGCCUUUAGUGUGAGCACCCUCUCUUGGAUUUACUAGUAAUUUGUACUCCGUCUUUAUGUGCAUGGAAAUGUUAACAGCACAACUUUCUUUCUUAAACAGGGACACUCAUAUCCAGAGUGCACAGAGGAAUGUUUUGUAAUAAUAAAAGUAAUUGCACAAGCAAUUAGUUGUUUAUGACACCGACUUCAAUGCGACACACUUACUGUCUGUUGCCCCUCUGCUUGUAGAACAUCAGUUUUAUACAUUAAACAAUAGAGAAAAUGCCUUCGAGUGACUGACAGGACUUUUAUUUUGUAGGACUCCACCAACAGCUGUCAGUCGGCUGAUGAAGCACAUUAUGUUCUGCAGAAUGAAAGAUAGCCAUAACCGUCUGACGCAGAGAGCAGAAGCGUCACAAAUGUAAAAUGUGUUUGUGGUUUUCAGAAACGCUUAUUUACUGUAUGUGGUAUGAGCUUCUUGCAAAAACAGUGACAACUUGUGGUUUGAUGGAACUAUGCUGGAUAUACGUCUGAGCAUCACAUGCUAAUGAAACACUGAACUAAUAGCAUAUUGAGGAUGAAGUGUUAUUAUGCUAAGCGUACCUUCAGGAGUACCUGCCGUGUUGCUCAGGGAGGAUCUCACGACACGUUUUAGGUUCAGAAGUUUGUAUGAGGUUCUUCUCUAUAGUCAGUCUAUGCUAUAUUUAGAAUAUUUUACACUGGGAACUGAAGCCGAUCUCUACAUGUGCUCUUUACAAGCCACCAGACUCCAUUGACAAAAACAGUCAUUUUAGUUUGCAGCAAAUCUGUUAGUCAGUUUGUGUUGUAUGACUUUUAAAGAAGGAUCUUAAAUGAUUUGGGUCACAAUAACACAAACUAACUAACUGAUGGAGGCAGCGGUCGACCAGCAUCUCACGUGUACUGCAAAGUUAAAUCACUCACUGUUUUUGUCAAUGGAGUGUGGUGGCUGUGAAGAGAGCACAGGUAACGGCUUCAGGUCAGUCUGACAGCAGCAGAAAAUAUUCUAUAGAGAAUACACUUAAACUGAUAUAGAUUGUUUUAAGUGUCUAAAAUCCGUCCACAGCAGAACUUUGUUUAUCUUCCUGCUUCCUGUCUACUUCACAACCUCUCUUCAAAACAUACAAACUGUCCCUUUAAGUUCAGCCAACGGAUCCCUUAUGGAAUCUUAAACAGCUCUUUACGUGCGUCUGACACCACAUUGUGUUUGUGCUUCAGCAGCGCAGGUCAGGACGGACUAAUGAAGGUACGGCACUGAUACUUAGAGAUUUACCUCCAAACAAACUACGUGAACAAGAUUCCAUAAGUGGAAUGUUUGAUUAGGAAUAGACAGAUAGAUAACACACUCGGUAAACACAAUGAAAUGUGUGUAUUUCAGACCAGCAUUCAUGUAUGAAACAAUAAACUGGAUUAAACUCUU